ACACCAAAGAUCUCCAUGCCUGACAUCGACCUGAACCUGAAGGGCCCCAAAGUGAAGGGGGACGUGGAUGCGUCCGUGCCCAAGAUUGAGGGCGACCUGAAGGGCCCUGAAAUUGAUAUCAAAGGCCCCAAAGUGGACGUUGACGUUCCUGAUGUUGAUUUAGAGUGCCCAGAAGCAAAACUGAAGGGCCCCAAGUUCAAGAUGCCCGAAAUGCACUUCAAGGCCCCAAAGAUCUCCAUGCCUGACUUCGACCUGAACCUGAAGGGCCCCAAAGUGAAGGGGGACGUGGAUGUGUCAAUGCCAAAGAUUGAGGGCGACCUGAAGGGCCCCGAGGUGGACAUCAAAGGCCCCAAAGUUGACGUGGACCUUCCUGAUGUUGAGUUGGAAGGUCCCGAGGGGAAACUGAAAGGCCCCAAGUUCAAGAUGCCUGAAAUGCACUUAAAGGGCCCCAAAUUCUCCAUGCCUGACUUCGACCUGAACCUGAAGGGCCCCAAAGUGAAGGGGGACGUGGAUGUGUCCGUGCCCAAGAUUGAGGGAGACCUGAAGGGCCCCGAGGUGGACAUCAAAGCUCCCAAAGUGGACGUGGACCUUCCUGAUGUUGAUUUAGAGUGCCCAGAAGCCAAGCUGAAGGGCCCCAAGUUCAAGAUGCCGGAGAUGCACCUGAAAGGCCCCAAAAUCUCCAUGCCUGAUGUUGACCUGCACCUGAAGGGCCCCAAAGUGAAAGGAGACGUGGAUGUGUCCGUGCCAAAGAUUGAGGGAGACCUGAAGGGCCCCGAGGUGGACAUCAAAGGCCCCAAAGUUGAUGUUGAUCUUCCUGAUGUUGAUUUAGAGUGCCCAGAAGCAAAGCUAAAGGGCCCCAAGUUCAAGAUGCCUGAAAUGCACUUCAAGACACCAAAGAUCUCCAUGCCUGACAUCGACCUGAACCUGAAGGGCCCCAAAGUGAAGGGGGACAUUGACGUGUCCGUGCCAAAGUUGGAAGGGGACUUGAAGGGCCCUGAGGUGGACAUCAAAGGUCCCAAAGUGGACGUGGACCUUCCUGAUGUGGACAUUGAGGGUCCUGACGGGAAACUGAAGGGCCCCAAGUUCAAGAUGCCCGAAAUGCACCUGAAGGGCCCCAAAUUCUCCAUGCCUGAUGUCGACUUCAAUCUGAAGGGCCCCAAAGUGAAGGGGGACAUUGACGUGUCCGUGCCCAAAAUAGAAGGGGACCUGAAGGGCCCCGAGGUGGACAUCAAAGGUCCCAAA